ACAGCCGGCGGCGGGCAGCGGGUGGCAGGCACCAUGGCGGCGCGGUCGCUGCCGCAGCCACAUACGCAGCCCCCUAGGGGCGCCGUGUCGGCCACCGCCUACCCCGACACGCCCGCCGAGGUGCCCCCGCACCUGCAGGCCGGCGCGAUGCGGCGCCGCUUCUGGGGCGCGUUCAACUGCCUGUGCGCCGGCGCGUUCGGGGCCCUGGCCGCCGCCGCCGCUAAGCUGGCCUUCGGCAGCGAGGUGAACAUGAGCUUAUGCAUCUUAGGCAUUAUUGUGAUGGCGAGCACCAAUUCCCUGAUGUGGACCUUCUUCAGUCGGGGCCUCAGUUUCUCCAUGUCUUCAGCCAUUGCAUCUGUCACAGUGACUUUUUCGAACAUCCUCAGCUCAGCUUUCCUGGGCUACGUGCUGUAUGGAGAGUGCCAGGAAGUCCUGUGGUGGGGAGGAGUGUUCCUCAUCCUCUGUGGGCUCACCCUGAUCCACAGGAAGCUCCCGCCCACUUGGAAGGCUCUACCACACAAGCAGCAGUGACACCAGCUGGCAGGACGAAGAGCUGAUAAGGCCACCAUGGUGCCCAGCCUUGGGUUGGUGUGCAGGAUUGCUUCCAGGGGGACCUGGGUAUGCAGCCUUCCUACCAUUGGCCAUGGGGUGAUGCCAGACCAGGCAGGUCUUCGGGCCAGCCCUGCUCCCAAGGGAACAAGCCUCCGAUCUCCAAGCCCUGAGUGCAGAAGCUGUUGCUUCUGUGAGGAGGAGAGGCAGUGCGGCAGUGCUCUUUCGGAGGUGUCCUCAGUCAUCUGCGUAAAGUUUUGAUUCUCAUGUUCCUGAGCCCGGGCGGAUGCUGAGCUCCUGGGUUGCUCAGCUUCAUGUAUGGUGCCUGAAAUCACACUGUAACUAUAGUUCUGUUGUCCAAGGCCGUCACAAACCUCUAGUGUCAGUGAAUGGUGGGGCUUUCUGACAACUCCGUGCCGACUUAUAGGCCAUCUAUGUCAUGCUUAUGUAUUAUGGCAAGCAAAAGGAAACCUGAGUUAAUAAAUAACUUUUUUUUGUAAGUUAAAACUA